AAGCUUAGAGAGAAAAUGGCUGUAAUCGAGUCACUUCUGCAGUUUCUCAGCACAGGUACAUUACUGGGUGCUUUGCUGUUACUUCUGGUUUUGUAUUUGCUUUCCUCUGGAUCCAGAUCUCAGAAAGAGGGGAAAGAGCCACCGGGACCCAAACCACUGCCGCUGCUGGGGAACCUGCUGACCCUUGACCUCAAGAGACCCUUUGACACCUUUUGUGAGCUGUCCAAAACCUACGGAAACAUAUUCCAAGUAUUUUUGGGUCCCAGCAAAACUGUGGUCUUAGUUGGGUACAAAACUGUCAAAGAAGCUCUUGUGAACUAUGCAGAAGAGUUUGGUGACAGAAAUAUUGCACCUGGUUUCAGGAUAAUGAACGAUGAACAUGGAAUCCUCUUUUCCAAUGGAGAGAACUGGAAAGAGAUGCGACGAUUCGCUCUCAGCAACCUGCGGGACUUUGGGAUGGGCAAGAGAGGAAGUGAAGAGAAAAUCAUAGAGGAAAUUCAGUAUCUGAAAGGAGAGUUUGAUAAGUUUGAAGGGAAAGCCUUCGACACAACACAGCCUGUGAACUACGCUGUGUCAAACAUCAUCUCAUCUAUUGUGUACGGCAGCAGAUUUGAAUACACAGACCCUCGAUUCACAGCAAUGGUCGACAGGGCAAAUGAAAAUGUUCGUGUUGGUGGAUCGGCUGCUAUGAUGCUUUAUAAUAUAUUUCCAUGGUUGGGUCCGUUCCUCAACAGCAAAAGGAUUAUUGUAAGAAAUAUAUUAAAAAAUAGAGCAGAAAUGACGAAGUUGAUCAAUAGGCUGCUGGAGACUCUGAAUCCACAGGACCGCAGAGGGUUUGUCGACUCCUUUCUCAUCCGGAAACAGAGCGACGAGGUACGGAAAUCACCCUGUACAUUACUGGGUGCUUUGCUGUUACUUCUGGUUUUGUAUUUGCUUUCCUCCGGAUCCAGAUCUCAGAAAGAGGGGAAAGAGCCACCUGGACCCAAACCACUGCCGCUGCUGGGGAACCUGCUGACCCUUGACCUCAAGAGACCCUUUGACACCUUUUGUGAGCUGUCCAAAACCUACGGAAACAUAUUCCAAGUGUUUUUGGGUCCUAGAAAAACUGUGGUCUUAGUUGGGUACAAAACGGUCAAAGAAGCUCUUGUGAACUAUGCAGAAGAGUUUGGCGACAGAAAAAUUGGACCUGGUUUCAGGAUAAUGAACGACGAACAUGGAAUCCUCUUUUCCAAUGGAGAGAACUGGAAAGAGAUGCGACGCUUCGCUCUCAGCAACCUGCGGGACUUCGGGAUGGGCAAGAGAGGAAGUGAAGAGAAAAUCAUAGAGGAAAUUCAGUAUCUGAAAGGAGAGUUUGAUAAGUUUGAAGGGAAAGCCUUCGACACAACACAGCCUGUGAACUACGCUGUGUCAAACAUCAUCUCAUCUAUCGUGUACGGCAGCAGAUUUGAAUACACAGACCCUCGAUUCACAGAAAUGGUCGACAGGGCAAAUGAAAAUGUUCGGGUUGGUGGAUCGAUUUCUAUGUGGAUUUAUGAUAUAUUUCCGUGGUUGGGCCCAUUCCUGAAAAACAAAAGGAUUAUUGUAGAAAAUAUUGUCCAAAGUCGAGUGGAGAUGACGAAGUUGAUCAAAGGGCUGCUGGAGACUCUGAAUCCACAGGACCGCAGAGGGUUUGUCGACUCCUUUCUCAUCCGCAAACAGAGUGAAGAGAAAUCUGGCAAGAAGGACACAUACUUUCAUGAUGAGAAUCUAAUGAUGACUGUGACAAAUCUGUUUGUCGCUGGUACUGACACGACAGGAACGACUCUGCGCUGGGGUUUGAUGCUCAUGGCCAAAUACCCUCAUAUACAGGAUCGAGUUCAAGAGGAGAUUGACCGAGUGAUUGGUGGACGUCAGCCAGUGGUGGAAGACAGGAAGAAAUUACCGUAUACAGAUGCUGUGAUUCAUGAAACUCAGAGACUGGCCAACAUAGUGCCCUUGAGUCUGCCACAUAUAACUAGCUGUGACAUUCACUUCAAUGGAUACUUCAUCAAGAAGGGUACCACUGUCAUUCCUCUGCUGACGUCCGUUUUGAAGGAUCCAAGCGAAUGGGAGAAACCGAACAGCUUUUACCCAGAACACUUCCUAGAUGAGAAGGGCCAGUUUGUCAGGAGAGAUGCUUUCAUGCCCUUUUCUGCAGGUCGAAGGGUUUGUUUGGGAGAGAGUUUGGCCAGGAUGGAGCUCUUUCUGUUCUUCACUUCCCUCCUUCAGAGCUACCGCUUCACAACUCCACCUGGAGUGUCUGGAGAUGACCUGGAUCUCAAAGGAAUAGUAGGAAUCACAUUGAAUCCAUCCCCACACAAGCUGUGUGCAAUCAGACGCUCCUGAUCCAAGAAAAUAUCAUCAGUUAUUAGAAGAAAACACAUAAAUUUCACCGUUUCAGUAUAAAUUGGAUGAUUUCUGCACUUAUUUUACUCAUUCAUCUGACUAAAUGUAUAUAUAUAUAUGUAAAUAAUUAGCAAUGUGUCAAACCACUUCAGUCUUUUUGUAUUAUAAACUUCUCAGACAAGCUUUAAUAGGAAUGAAACAUUUAGUUUCUAGAUUAUAAAUCAAUAUAGAAUAUUGUUAUUGAUUGUUUAGAGAAAUAAAAAGCAUUUUUUAUGUCAUAAUUAUUUUAUAGUUUUUGUAAUAAUUGCUACUUUUUAUGUUAUAAAUAUUUGUUUAAUGUCAUUAUUGACAUUUUAUUUCAUAAUGUCAUCUUUUAAUAUCAUAAUUAUGACUUUUACACAGUCUGUGAUCAGUCUUUUAGAAUAAAAAGAACAUUAUUUUGUGAAAGACUAACAAUUGACUGUUGAAAUUUUUAGUAUAUACUAGACUUCUCUGUUGAUAAUUACAAGAUGUUUGCCUUAUUUGACCUUUGUCCAUUAAUUCAUUCACUAUUGUUGGUGUAAAUUGUGGUUUGCUGCUUUAUCCUGCACAUUAUGGCAUUUUCUGAAAACUCCCACAAAUUUCACCUCACAAAUAAAACAUUUUAAGGAAAACAUUG